ACAGCUAUGCGAAUAUGGGCAGUUUCGGAUGUCCAUGCAGACUACAAAGAAAAUAUGGAAUGGUGCGAAACACUGUCAGAGAACGCUUACCAGGAGGACACCCUGAUCCUGGCUGGCGACAUAUCAGACGAUCAGGCGAUUCUGAGGUCCACAUUCGAGCUCAUGGUCAGAAAAUUCGAGCAUGUAUUCUUCGUGCCUGGAAACCAUGACCUGUGGGUGCGGCGUAAAGAGCGAGGCGUGCUGGACUCUCUAGGGAAGCUGGAGGUGAUCAAGGACCUCUGCAGGGAAUUGGGGGUGCACACAGAGCCGGCGCGCAUUGGGGGCGUUUGGAUUGCUCCCAUAUAUUCUUGGUACCAUGCCUCCUUUGACAGGGAGCCAGAUCUGCGCGGGGCUCCUGCUGUGAUGGUGGACUUCCAUGCCUGCCGGUGGCCGAGCAGCAUACCCACCUCCCACGACACCUCCAUAGCAGAGUAUUUUGACAACCUCAAUGAGCCCGCUCUCAGCAAUCUGGCAGAGAACUUAGAGAUGGAAGAGGAGGAGAGUGGGAGCAGAUCCCCACUCCUAACCUUCUCUCAUUUCUUGCCCUUGCAGUCUUUGUUGCCAGAGAAACGGAUGCUCUUCCAGCCCAAUUUGGCAAAGGCAGUUGGCAGUGAUUACAUCCAACGGCGCAUUGAGGAGCUGCGACCCAUGGCGCACAUCUUUGGGCACACCCAUUUUGCCUGGGACACUGUCGUGGAUGGCGUGAGAUAUGUGCAGUGGCCACUUGCAUAUCCACAGGAGCGCAAGCGGAGGCAUGAUGGCGGCAAGGGCUUCAAGCCCCUGGUCAUCUAUGACACAGCACAGAACAAGCUGUCUCCCCACCAGCACACCUACUGGGCCGACUUCUAUCAGGAGAACCGGCGAGACCCCAGCAACAUAGAGCCAGCGCCCUGGGUCAAGGCGCGG